GACAGGUGACGUUCGAGGAAGAGAACGAGCUCGAAAAGCAACCUGAGGUUGAGGCAGACGCUGCUGCGGAACGCACCGGCAGCCCAAAGGAGAAGCCCAAGUUGAAGGUCCAGGCUACCUUGAAGCAUAGUGAUCCCUUCGCAGGGAUUGAGGAUCGCUUGGACAAAAUCAGUGCCAAGUUAGAUGAAGCUUUGAGCACGAGAUUCACGCCUUUGAGACCCAAGGAUGAAUCUCCACCAGCUCCUCCCAUCAUUUGUCCCAAGCCCUUUGCCUCCGAGCCGGUCAUGAACGCGCGCACCACGCGGAUGACGAAGGUCGUCUUUGACCCCUUGCCCAAGAAGUCCAAGUUCAACGUCAAGUUCCGUGGGAAGAACGUCUCGGCCAUGGACGCCUCACUGUCGGAAGAGGACAACGACGGGGACGACACCAACUUCUCCGACGCGGGCUCCACGAGCUCGCGUGAGAGGCGCCUGGCACACCGUGUGCGUGCGGUGGACUUGAAGUUGGCAUGGCAGAUCCAUGCCAAAGAAUGUCAGCAGGAGAUCCACGACUCGGAGGACGCCACACGUCCGGUCCUGCGCCUGCUGUACCGCAGCCGAAGAGACCAGAUCUGGGAACUCUUGGAUGACCAAAACUCCAGCACAGCUGCUUGGUGCAUCUCGCAGUUUCUCAAGACGCUGGUGAUCGUGAACUUUGUCGUGACCAACCUGCAAACCACGGAGGAGCAGACGAUCGAUCCAUUGACAGCCGCAGUCAUGGAGACGAUCUUCGAUAGCAUUUUCCUCUGCGAGUUCUGCAUUCGCUUGUUUUCAGCACCAUCGAAACGACGAUACAUGGAAGACUCGUUGAAUUGGGCCGACGUGCUUUCCGCCUGUGGCUUACCCGUUCGCCUUGCGACCUGGGCCACCUUCGGCGUGCAGCAGGCCUUUGUCAGCUCGGACUGGAACUGGGGCCGGCCGAUGAAGACGCGGGACGCGCGGGGACGCGGCCCGGAACCAGCGCGAGCGCCCUGGAUUCGGUUUGGGACAUAG